AUGUGCUGGUGUAAAAAUAUACAUGAAGUGAUAUGGGAUGUCUUUUCAUUUUGGAAUUGGUGUCUUUUUGCACAUUCUGCCAUUUUAUUAGCUAUUGCGAUUCAUUUGCCUCGGACUUCAAAUAUUUUUGGUUUCUUUCAUAUGGGGUCAAAUGUAUUAGCUUUCAUAAUUUUUUUUCAGGCUGUUUUUUAUCUGUCAACUUUUACGUCCUAUCAUACUGCCUUCCAGGAGGAUACACAAAGCUUCGCCAGGAGAGACCGUCUCUUGGAGAUUGAGCGAAAGGCUCGAGCCUGGUGGGAGGAAAAAGAUGUUUUCAGGUCUGAAUCUGGUAAUAGCCCUCCUGAACCAGAUGAGAAGUUUUUUGGAAACUUUCCUUUUCCAUAUAUGAAUGGAUUUUUGCAUCUCGGACAUGAAUUCUCGUUAUCCAAGCUUGAGUUUGCCGCUGCCUAUCAUAGAUUGAGAGGUGCUAAUGUUCUCUUGCCAUUUGCUUUCCACUGCACUGGCAUGCCCAUCAAGGCUUCAGCGGAUAAGCUUCGUAGGGAGAUUGAGCUGUUUGGUAAUCCACCUGUAUUUCCCAAUGAAGUGGAUGAUCGGGUGGAAUUAGAAACAGAUACGGGUUAUGCCCGUGAAAAUUUUCCAUUAGAUAAGUUUAAGGGCAAAAAGUCCAAGGCUGCAUCAAAAUCAGGAGGACAAGUGUACCAGUGGGAAAUCAUGCGCAGUUUUGGGCUCUCGGAUAUUGACAUAUCAAAGUUCAAGGAUCCUAAUGAAUGGUUGACAUAUUUUCCGCCUCUAGCUAUGGAAGAUCUUAAGGCUUUUGGUUUGGGUUGUGACUGGAGGCGUUCAUUUGUGACAACGCCUAAAAACCCUUACUUUGAUUCUUUUGUGCAGUGGCAGAUGAGAAAAUUGAAAGCCAUGGGGAAGAUUGUAAAAGAUGUGCGCUACACAAUAUUCUCUCCCUCAGAUGGCCAGCCAUGUGCAGAUCAUGACAGGGCAAGCGGUGAAGGAAAGCAGCCCCAAGAAUACACUAUCAUCAAAAUAGAAGUGCUGCCACCUUUCCCUCCUAAAUUGGGCCCUUUAGAAGGGAAAAAUGUGUUUCUAGCUGCUGCUACACUGAGACCUGAAACAAUGUACGGGCAAACAAAUGUAUGGGUAUUGCCUGAUGGUGAAUAUGGAGCUUUUGAGAUUAAUGAAACAGAUGUGUUCAUUCUUACAGAGAGAGCAGCUCUAAACCUAGCCUAUCAGAACUUCUCAAGGUACCCUCAGAAACCUAGCAGCUUGGUUGAGCUAACUGGUUAUGAUCUCAUUGGUUUACGCUUGAAGUCUCCACUUUCUUUCAACGAGGUCAUAUAUGCUCUUCCCAUGUUAACUAUUCUGACAGACAAAGGAACUGGGAUUGUGACUAGUGUACCUAGUGAUGCUCCUGAUGAUUAUAUGGCAUUGCAUGAUUUGAAAGCAAAACCUGCUCUGAGAGCUAAGUAUAAUUUGAAAGAUGAAUGGGUGUUGCCAUUUGAGAUCGUGCCAAUCAUCAAUAUUCCAGAAUUUGGAGAUAAGGCUGCUGAAAAAGUUUGUCUGGAUCUCAAAAUUAGGAGCCCAAAUGAAAAAGAAAAACUUGCAGAAGCCAAGAGGCUGACCUAUUUGAGAGGAUUCACAGAUGGAAUAAUGCUGGUUGGAGAACUAACAGGCAGAAAAGUCCAGGAAGCAAAGCCAUUAAUUAGGGCUAAGCUCGUUGCGACAGGCGAGGCAAUUAUAUACAGUGAGCCUGAAGAGCGAGUUGUGUCGAGGUCCGGUGAUGUUUGUGUUGUUGCUCUCACUGAUCAAUGGUACAUUACUUAUGGAGAAGAAGAAUGGAGAAAACUGGCUAAGGACUGCCUGUCCAAUAUGAAACCCUACUCUGAUGAGCAUCGAAAUAACUUUGAGCAUACUUUAAGCUGGUUGAAUCAGUGGGCUUGUUCACGAUCUUUUGGGCUCGGUACUCGCAUUCCCUGGGAUAAAGAUUUUCUUGUUGAAUCCUUGUCUGACUCCACCAUUUACAUGGCUUAUUACACUGUUGCUCACCUUCUUCAUAACGACGACAUGUAUGGCUCAAGCAAGGCCAAUUCUGUUCAGCCUGCAGAAAUGACAGAUGAAGUCUGGGAUUUUAUCAUCUGUAAGGGUCCAUACCCCAAGUCAUCUAAUAUACCUUCAAGUUUACUUGAGAAAAUGAAGCAGGAGUUUGAAUAUUGGUACCCAUUUGAUCUUCGAGUUUCCGGUAAGGACCUUAUCCAGAAUCACUUGACUUUCUGUAUUUACAACCAUACAGCCAUCAUGGCUAAGCACCACUGGCCUCGUGGAUUCAGGUGCAAUGGGCAUCUACUGCUUAAUUCGAAAAAGAUGAGCAAGUCUACUGGAAAUUUCAUGACACUGCGCCAGGCGAUUGAGGAAUUUUCUGCUGAUGCAACACGGUAUUCUCUCGCUGAUGCCGGGGAUGGUGUUGAUGAUGCAAAUUUUGUGUCUGGAACUGCAAAUUCUGCAAUCUUUCGUCUCACUAGAGAACUUUCCUUCAUGGAAGAGGACUUGGCUGUUGACUCAUAUCUCAGAGUGGGUCCCCCAUCUACUUAUGCUGAUCGAGUGUUUGAAAACGACAUAAAUUUGGCUGUCAAAUUGACCGAGCAAAAUUACCAGAAAUGCAUGUUUAGAGAAGCUCUACUAACUGGGUUUCAAUAUUUGCAAGCUGCAAGGCUUGAUUACAAGUCUUCAUGUGGCUCUGGGCGUAUGAACCGCAAUUUAGUGUGGCGUUAUAUGGAUGUGCAGAUUCGCCUUAUUGCUCCAAUAUGUCCACACUAUGCAGAAUAUAUGUGGAGGGAAAUUUUGAGGAAGGACGGGUUUGUGGUGAAUGCAGGUUGGCCAGUUGCUGCUGAUCCCGACCUAACUCUGAAGGCUGCAAAUAAUUAUUUGCAUGACUUAAUUGAUAAUAUGAGGAAGACACUUCAUGAACAGCUCUCAGGCUCUAAAAAACCCAAUAAGGGAGCUCCAGUUUCAACAUUAACUGCAGGCAACGUAAUAGUUCUUAUAUUUGUGAAUGAGCAAUAUGAUGGAUGGAAAGCAGAAUGUUUGAGGAUACUUCAAAGCAAAUUUGACAGUAAGAAUUGUAGUUUUAAGCCAGAUGCAGAUGCGGACAUAGAAAAACAAUUAAUGAAUAGUUCAGUUGGUCAGGAGAGAGAUUAUAGGCAAACAGUCGUGCCUUUUUUGAAAUUUAAUAAGAACAAGGCUAUUAAGUUGGGGGCUCAGUCCUUGGAUUUGAAGUUACCAUUUGGAGAAACUGAGGUCCUUAAGGAGAAUAUUGAUUUGAUCAAGAGAAAACUUGGGGAGAAUAAUGAUUUGAUCAAGAGAAAACUUGAGAUUGGGGAGAUUGAAAUUUUGUGUGCAACCAAUACUGAAGAUGUCUCUAAAGCUGGUCCUCAGGUCUCAGUGCUGAACAAAAAAUUCCCCUCUCCUGGAGAGCCAACGGUCAUCUACUUGACCAGGUGAGGUGACAUCCACACCUCUAGAGACACCUUAUAUUACACUUAAAUGUUCAUUUCUUUCUUACAUUAUGCUUUAAAGCUGUUUUGAAUUAUUGGCUUCUCAUCUCUGUGUUUUUACAAUAACAGGCAGGACACUGUCUGAUAGUUGUGUCUUAUGGGUUGCUUUGGGGAGAGAAAGAGAGACAAACCAAAGCUUCUUUUGCAGAAUUGGCGUCCGCUUCAUGACAUUGGCAUGUUCUAUUAGCAAUGACAGCAUGUUGAUUUAGAGCGGAUAUUUGAAGCUAGUUAAGAUUUUGAAUUUUCUUUAAUGUGAUGAUUUAGGCUGGUUAAGAUUUUGAUCUAACUUUAGGAUGGAAUAGUAAUUAUUCUUGUCAUAAGCUUCUGAUAUAUUAAGCAUGUUAUUAAAGUAUAGUAUUUUCAUUCUGUUGGCUAAUGGUAGUGAAAGAAAACAGUAAGGACCAUUUUCUCUUGUGUUUUCUCUUUUCUUCGAUUUUGGUAUUUUUGCAUUUCAUUGCAACAUAGAAUUAAUUUUUUAGAUAUAUGAGUCAUUUGUAAGAACUAUGCCUUUUAACUGUCUCAUUGUUUAUGUGCUCACAACGGGUGACUUCAUACAGCUUCUUUUCAUUCACUAGUGCACUCCUCUUCAGGUUCUCUCUUUCCCCGUCUAUUAUUUUCAUGUUCUUUUGAUUUACAAUAUGUUGGAGAUGAUGUGCGGCCGUAUUUCUCAGUCGCUUUGUGGAGAAAGCAACUGUCAUUUAAUGAUUCUUCUUCACUUACUUAGGGUUUUGAUUCAUGCUUGUACUGAAUUUAUUUAUAAUGCUACUGCUAAACUAAGUAAAGUUUUUAUCAAUUUUGUUUGAGAUUGAAUAAAAUCGCAAAAAAUAAGUUUGAGCUGAAGUUUAUUAGUUAUCGAUUCAUAGUAACAGUCGGGCUGAAUUUUGUUUGUUUUCUUGAUUUAUGAUAUUCUAGAAGCUAGAUUAUUAAAAUGCAAGGUUUGAUUACCGAUUCAAAGAUGGAUUUUAGCAUUUCAGUUUCUUAUUUGUUGUAGAAUCAGUUAUCAGUUUUGUAAGUCUUAAGUUCUUGAGAUUGAAU